CUCAGAAACCGCGGCCAGGGUUCCCCCAAGCCGGGCCGGUCUGCACCCAGCCAGCUCAGGUGACCAGGAGGGCGCCGGGCACACCUGGCGCCGUCCCCUGACCCCGCCCCGGGCCCGGCCGCACCCCGGAACGCUCUCCGGGGGAGCCAGCUUGGCGGAGCAAGGCCAUGGCCGCCGCGCCAGCGGUGGGCGCCCCGCAGGGGCCCCCGCCGGGUGUACCGUCCCCGCCGGCCGCCGCGCCAGGGCCUGCGUCCGGCCUGGGCCGCUGCCGGAUGGCGCUGCUGCUGGCCGUGGCGCUGGACGUGGCGGGCAUGGCGGCGCUGCUGACCGGCGUGUUCGCGCAGCUGCAGGUGCGCGGCCGCGACUUCGGCGACCUGCUCAUCUACUCGGGAGCGCUGCUCGUCUUCCUGAGCCUGCUCGGCUGGAUCCUCUGGUACACCGGCAACAUCGAGAUCUCGCGCCAGGAGCUGGAGCGCGACUACGGCCUGCGGCCCUCGGCUCUCGCCCGCCUCGCGCGCAAGCUCUCCCGCCGUUGGUCCGCCCCGGCCUCCUCCUCCGGCCCGCGCGCCGCGCCCGGCUCCCGGGGAGCGCGCCGUGCCGCCCGCGCGCCCCCUCCCCGGAGGAGGGCCCUGUGUCCUGGGCUCUGGGAGCCUCCCCUGGCCCUGACCAUUCUUCCCCUCUUCUCUGUCCGCCUACAGUGUUGCUCUUCUGACUCAGACACGGCCACAGUCCUGGGCGGUUUAACUGAGACCCCCAUCCGCUGUGCCUCCGCAGACACCCCUGAUAUUUCCUUGCUGGAAUCCUAUGAUCCCUUCAACACGUACCUGUGGCAGCAGGACAUUGAAAACCUGAUGGACCCCGAUACCAGCACCUUGUCCUUCUCCGCAGCCACCUACCCUCCCCGCUUCUCCCUCCCAUCCGCUUACUCCUCCUCCCACAGGCGCAACGAAAAGGCCCAGGCUCUGGGAUCUGGGCAGAGGCAGCGGCCUCCACCCUCUCAGAAGACCGCAGCUGCCCGCGUCGCCGCUUGGAAGGUUCCAUUCCUCCGUGACCAGUCCAAGAGGGUCUCGGCAAUGCAUGAUCCAUCCCGGAAGAUGUCGACUGCACCCGGCCCACCCCGGGGGGCCCCCGUGGUACCCGCUGUUACCCAGAAGACCCCAACAGUACGUGGCCCCCCUUGGAAGGCCCCACCUGUAUCCGUUACUUCCCGGAAGGCCGCAGCCAGUCCUGGCCCGGCCCGGAAGGCCCCACCUGUAUCGCCUACUUCCCGGAAGGCUGUAUCUUCCUCUGUCCCAGGAAGGAAAUCCGUGUUCCUACCUGCCCCAUCCCAGAAGGCUCUGACCUCACCUACUCAACAGCAGAUGACACCGGACGCUGCCACUUUGGGCACGUUGCCCACGGGAGGUCCUAGAGGGCGCGUGCUCAAGAGAAGCCAGCGUGAGGGGACGCCAGGACCACUGAUGUUUGUGGGCACCCAGGAGAUGGACCUGAUAGAGACAAGGACCCGGAAAACAUCCCAGGACCUGCCUUUUACCACCACCAAGAAGGAGUUGGAGGAGGUCGUGCUCACUAAAGCCCUGAAGAUCACCCUGGAUGGCUUGAAGGGCAGGGGCAAGUUGGAGGACAAGGUCCACAGAAAGAAGGAGGAGAUAUCCCUGGACAAGCCUGGCUUAACCUCCCAGACGGUGGGGCAACAGCAGAAGUGGCUCAAGACCCAGGAGGUGGUCAUCCAGGGACCCCCGGAGGAGCAAAGCAGGCCGUUCUCGGUGGAGGGGCUCACCCUUGCCAAGCUGAUGAUCAUGGCCAACUCCAAGGAACCGCCCCUGAGGCCAGCAACAGUCAAUCCGUCCUCCUGGCUCUCGAACCCCCCGAUGCCUGACAUGUCAACAGUCAGCCCCAGUGAGGUGCCCUUGCUGCAGGGGACACCAGAGGUGGUUGGAGAGCAGUCCCUGUUUGGCACCUGGGUGAAGGAGAGAAUGCAUCCGUGGGCUGAAGGGAGCAUGUAUCACUGGGUAGAGGCACAGCCCCAGGUUCCAAAAGAGGCUUCCGAAGUGCCUGGCCUCCCCAGGCAUGAGGCCAGCAGCCUGAUGAUGGACAAUGUCUCCCCAGAUCCCAUCAGUCUGCCUGCAUCAAGGUGGGAGGAGGUACCCCCGUGGCCCGUCUCACUGACCCCCAUCUCAGAGAUGAAGGCCAGUGUGUUCCAGCAGCCAAAGAGAGCAUCUCUUGAGCCCGAGGGGCAGUCAGACCAGCUCGAGGGGAGGUCAGACCAGCUCAAGAAGACUCCAGACCAGCUGGAGGGGAUGCCAGACCAACUUGAGGGGAUAUUAGACCAGCUCCAGAGGAUGCCAGACCAGUUGGAGGGGAUGCCAGACCAGCUCGAGGGGAUGUCAGACCAGAGUCCCCUGGCCAUAACAAAGUUGUCCUCUGAUGUCAUCUUACCAACGCUUGUAGAAAAUGAGAAUAUGAUGGACAUGGCCCCUGAGGUGAAAGACAUAGAGGAACCGGGUGCUUACAGUCCUUCAGCCAGCAUACAGAGUUCCCAGAGCCUUCAUUAGCGGGAUUCGGGGGGAGUCAAUCUCGAUCGCCAAAGCGUCCAAAGGAGCCCAGCGUGACCAGGCCCCCAGGGUGCUGUGCACCUGUACCGUAAGAAGCAGGGUGCUGAAAAGCCCGGGCGGGGGGAUGCUCCCUCUAGGGUAGAGACCAGAGCUAUCUAUACGUUUAUAUAUCGGGGGGGGGGGGGGG